AUGCACUCCUAUAUUCGACCGGGCCAGUUCGUGGCUCUCCGGCUACAGUCGGAUCAGUUACGACUUAUCCAGAUCAUCCCAGAUACAGUCGUCAACUUGGGCCGAUUUGGUCAAUUCGCCGCCAACCAGAUUAUUGGGCGGCCAUUUUAUCUCACCUUUGAGAUCGCCGAUGAACGGGACGAGGAUGGCCAUCAACUACGGGUCGUGUCGGCCACCGAGCUGCAUGCGGAGACCCUUCUCGCGGAAGGAGAGGGAGAUGGGGAAGCCGAGGACUUAGAGACUGGGGAAAAUGGGGUACCAAUGCGGACGAAUCGGCAAAUUGUUGACGAAAACUCUUCCCAGAAAUUGACAUUGGAGGAAAUCGAAGAACUGAAAAGAGAGGCCGGUGGCGCAGGGAGAGAUAUUGUCGCAAAGCUUUUGGAGUCGCACAGCGCAAUCGACCAAAAAACCGCAUUUUCCCUCGCAAAAUACACCUUGCGGAAACGCAAGAAGUAUCUCAGACGGUUUACUGUCCUCCCGCUGGAUGUCGGCUUACUCGCCAAUUAUUUGAUUGAAGAACGCGAUGCGCAAAAGGCAAUGGAGCUGCGGGACGAGCAUAUCGGUCUCAUUGGGUGUUGGGGAAAUGUACAUCACAGCGGAACCCUUGAUGUGGACCCAGAUGUGAAGCCCCAUGGACGCUAUGUCAUUGUCGAUGAGACUGGCGGACUUGUUGUUGCUGCCAUGGCGGAGCGCAUGGGAAUUCUAUAUCCCCACGAUGCCGAGGAAGACCUGAAAACCCCAACAGAAGAGCAAGAUCCUCCAGCCAAUCCCGAUUCUCAAGAUGCCAGUGGCCCUCCCAAGCCCCGCCGCAAACGCACCCAGCCUAUGUCCGCCAUCACCAACACCAUCACCGUUAUCCAUGCAUACUCACAACCGAACUUGUCACUCUUAAAAUACUUUGGAUACGACACCAACAACCCCGAUGAAUCCCAUCCACUCCACACCCAUCUCAAAACAGUUUCCUGGAUGCAGCUAGCUGAUCCCACUGCCGAUCCCCUCUAUGCCAACGAACCACCUAUAAUCACGGCAGAGGAAUUGGCUGAGCUCAAACAAAGCAAACGUACGGCCUACUACCACAAGCGCAAUCGCUGGGAGCGAGUCAAAUCGGUUGUGGAUGAGGCCCGGGCAGGUGGCUUUGACGGCUUGAUCGUCUCUACCUUGCUAGAGCCGGCAAGUGUCUUGAGGACGAUGGUCCCGCUCCUCGCGGGAUCUGCCCCUGUUGUGGUGUAUUCACCGACAGUCGAGUCUUUGGUGGAAUUGAUGGACAUGUAUUCCACUGCUCGCAGAACCGCAUUUAUCAACAAAAAGCGAGAAAUCGAGUCACAAACUCCCGAGGGAGUGGCUCCUGAUUUGUCUUCACUCCACGACAAGUUUGUGGUUGAUCCGACUAUUCUUCUGCCACCCACCCUGCAAACGUCGCGGGUGCGCCCUUGGCAAGUGCUGCCUGGUCGAACCCAUCCCCUCAUGACGGGACGCGGUGGCGCUGAGGGAUAUCUCUUCCAUGGCGUUCGGGUUUUCCCCACGGCGCAGAAUAUCCAGGCGGCUGGCAACAUUCGCAACAAACGACGAAAGAUGGAAACGACUUCCACCCCCAUCAGUGACCAGGAUGUGGCAAUGACGUCUUAG